AUUUGUGCCUGCAGAGUUUCCCCUUCAAACCGUGUCCACUUUCACUUCAAACUUCCAAGUUCCGAGAAAAAUCUCAAGCACCUAGCACUCUCCUCCCCCGACCCUGCCACCGUUACGCAGACCCCCCAAAGCUCUUCCGCCGCCGACGCAGCUGCCGAGAGCUCCGGGACCCAUUUGUUCUUUUCUCUUUAUGGCUCCAGAAAACGGUUCAGGUUCAGGUUCAGGUUCAAUCAAGUCCAAUAUAAGCGGAGUGCUUACGCACGGCGGUAAAUACGUGCGGUACAAUCUGUACGGUAACUUGUUUGAGGUGUCCAGUAAGUAUGUUCCCCCUCUUCGGCCUCUUGGUCGUGGCGCCUACGGCCUUGUCUGUGCUGCUGUCAAUAAAGAGACUAAUGAGGAGGUUGCCAUUAAGAAAAUUGGAAACGCAUUUGACAACCGAAUAGAUGCUAAAAGGACUUUGAGGGAGAUUAAGCUCUUACGGCACUUGGAUCAUGAAAAUGUUAUUGCAAUCAAGGACAUCAUAAGGCCACCAAGAAGGGAGGCUUUUAAUGAUGUGUACAUAGUUUAUGAAUUGAUGGACACAGAUUUGCAUCAGAUAAUUCGGUCUGAACAAGCAUUGACAGAUGACCAUUGUCAGUACUUCAUGUAUCAGCUGUUAAGAGGACUAAAAUAUGUGCACUCGGCAAAUGUGUUACAUCGUGACCUUAAGCCCAGCAAUUUGUUUCUGAAUGCAAACUGCGAUCUUAAGAUAGGAGAUUUUGGGUUGGCGAGGACAACAUCUGAAACGGAUUUCAUGACUGAAUAUGUCGUCACUCGCUGGUAUAGAGCACCUGAAUUACUCCUUAAUUGCUCAGAGUACACCACUGCGAUAGAUGUAUGGUCCGCUGGUUGUAUUCUUGCUGAAAUAGUUACCCGGGAACCCCUAUUUCCUGGAAAAGACUAUGUUCAUCAGCUGAGGCUCAUCACCGAGCUCUUAGGCACACCUGAUGAAGCAAGCCUCAGAUUCUUACGAAGUGAUAAUGCCAGAAGAUACGUGAAACAGCUCCCCAUGUUUCCGAAACAAAAUUUCUCUGCAAGAUUUCCUAACAUGUCUCCAUUGGCAUUGGAUUUAUUAGGGAAGAUGCUCAUCUUUGAUCCCAACCAGCGUAUAACCGUUGAUGAAGCUCUGUGUCAUCCAUUCUUGUCCUCUCUUCACGAUAUAAAUGAUGAGCCCAUCUGCUCCAGCCCUUUCAGCUUUGAUUUCGAGCAGCCAUCAACAACCGAAGAAAAUAUUAAGGAGUUAAUUUGGAGGGAAUCGCUUGUGUUCAAUCCGGAUCCAGUUCAUUAGUCAUGUCCAUUUAACAUUUUAUAUUUUCUCUGUAUUUACAACAUUUCAGUGUUCUGUAUAAAUAUGUACCAGCAUCUUUCUCCUUCAUGUUUUCCGGGACAUCCUCAAAAUUUUGAGGGAGAGAUUAUGUAAGUUAUGGCUGCUCAGAUGUCUAGACAUGAAGAUGUAAGGCAGGUGGAGACUAUAUUUGUGGUUAAUGCAGGGUUAGGUCUCUAGAAGAUACACAAAGGUUGUUGUAAUUUUCAUUACCAUCUUGCAAUGUAAAACGAGUUACUAUAUGGAGCUAUAAUUUCUGCUUCAUGGCCUUAAUUUUGAAGCAUUUCCAA